AAAGACCCUCUGGCGGCAUCCUACCCUCUGACCCAGGACAACCUCACUGACUUGCCUCCAAGGCUUGCAGAUCUCUGUUGUCACCACAGUGUCUCCACCCCGACUCUACCUUCAUUCUGUACUACGUUCCUUGUCCCCUCAAAAGACUGGCUGUACUGGAGGUACUGUAUGUUCAUUCACAAAUGUCUACCUCACGAUUAAAAGGCCCCUCUCAACCACUGCGACCUUGAACAGGAAACAAAAUGACCUCCAGCAUUGACCGGGAUGACAGCAGUAUCUUUGAUGGGUUAAUGGAAGAAGAUGAGAAAGACAAGGCAAAACGUGUGUCCCGCAACAAGUCUGAGAAGAAACGCAGAGACCAGUUCAAUGUCCUCAUCAAGGAACUGGGCACCAUGUUACCGGGCAACACCCGGAAGAUGGACAAGUCCACUAUCUUGCAGAAGAGCAUUGACUUCUUGCAAAAGCAUAAAGAAAUCACUGCUCAGUCUGAGUCAAGUGAGAUCAGACAAGACUGGAAGCCUCCUUUCCUUAGUAACGAAGAGUUCACCCAGCUGAUGUUGGAGGCAUUAGAUGGAUUCUUCCUUGCUAUUAUGACUGAUGGAAAUAUAAUCUACGUCUCUGAGAGUGUGACAUCCCUACUAGAACAUUUACCUUCUGACCUGGUUGAUCAGAACCUAUUGAACUUUCUGCCAAUGGGGGAGCAUUCAGAUGUGUACAAGGCUCUUUCCUCUCACAUACUGGAGGGAGAGACAUUAACGCCUGAGUUUUUGAAAACAAAAAAUCAGUUAGAAUUCUGUUGCCACAUGCUCAGAGGGACAGUCGACCCCAAACAGCCCCCAAUAUACGAAUAUGUUAAGUUCAUCGGAAACUUCAAGUCCCUGAAUAAUGUGCCUAACUGUGCCCGAAAUGGUUUUGAAGGAGUGAUCCAGCGAUCACUUCAGUCGGCCUUUGAGGACAGAGUCUGUUUCAUAGCAACCGUGAGGCUUGCCAAACCACAGUUUAUCAAGGAGAUGUGUACUAUAGAAGAGCCCAAUGAGGAGUUCACCUCUAGACAUAGCUUAGAAUGGAAAUUUCUCUUCUUGGAUCACAGAGCGCCGCCCAUUAUAGGCUAUCUGCCAUUUGAGGUACUUGGUACAUCAGGAUAUGAUUACUACCAUGUAGAUGACCUGGAGACACUGGCCAAAUGUCAUGAACACUUAAUGCAGUAUGGCAAGGGAAAGUCUUGCUACUACAGAUUUCUCACCAAAGGGCAGCAGUGGAUUUGGCUUCAGACCCACUACUACAUCACCUACCACCAGUGGAACUCGAGGCCUGAGUUCAUAGUCUGUACACACACUGUUGUCAGUUAUGCAGAAGUGAGAGCAGAGCAGCGCAGAGAGCUUGGCAUUGAAGAAUCGCCUCCAGAAAUAAUUGCCGACAAGCAGUCCCAGGACUCUGGCUCAGAGUCACAGCUCAACACCUCCAGCCUUAAGGAGGCCCUGGAACGUUUUGACCGCAGCCGUACGCCUUCUGCUUCCUCUCGUAGCUCUCGCAAGUCCUCCCACACUGCUGUGUCUGAUCCAGCCUCAUCACAAACCAAGCUUCAAGGAGAUAGAAGUACACCAGGACGACAAUCUGUCUCUGCCAUUGAGAUGACAUCACAACGAAGGUCAUCCAUCAGUAGUCAGCAGUCUAUGAGCUCCCAGAAUACAACUCAAACCAUGGCACCAUCCAUGGUAUCACAGCAACAACAGCAGCAGCAGCAGCUGCAACAGCAACCACAACAACAGCAGAUUCAGUCGAGUGGCCAGACCAUGGUGCAGUUCUCGAGCCAGCUGGGUGCCAUGCAUCACCUGAAAGAGCAGCUGGAGCAGAGGACCAGGAUAAUUGAGGCCAACAUCCAGCGACAGCAGAAUGAGCUCCGGCAGAUCCAGGAGGAGCUGCAGAGAGUACAGGGACAGAGUCUACAGAUGUUCUUACAGCAGGGAACUGGGGUAUUAAAUUUAGGCUCUGUACAAAUGGCCCAGGGGAAUACUGUCCAGCAAGAGGGCACCCUCAGCAUGCAGGGACAGGUGGUCUCUGCAGGGUCUCUACAGAGCGCCAUGCAGCAACAGCAUACUGUUCAACAGCAACCACAGCCUCAACAGCAAACACUCCUGCGGGAACAGAGCACAGUGCUAUCACAGCGGUCAUCUCUUACAUUGCAACCUCAGCAAAAUCAGUUGCCCACAUCUCUCUACAACACCAUGAUGAUCUCCCAGCAAAGCCCAGCCAAUGUGGUCCAGAUCACCACUAGCCUGCCCCAGAAUAGUGUCCCUAACACUCCUGCAGUGGCAACAUUUGCCCAGGACCGCACUGCUCAGAUCAGGUUCCCUGCUGGUCCUCAGCUGCUUACCAAGCUGGUGACUGGUCCGAUGGCAUGCGGGGCAGUCAUGGUCCCCACAACCAUGUUCAUGGGACAGGUGGUGACGGCCUUCACUCCUCAGCAGGGCCAGACCCAGACCAUCAGCAUUUCGCAGCAGCCACCACAACAGCAACAGCAACAGGACCAUCAGGGACAGCCACAGUCACAAACCACAACCAUGCCACCAGGACAGGCCCAGCUAGCCCCACAACAAACACAGUUCCUCCAGGCUCCUCGGCUGCUUCAUGGAAACCAGUCCACCCAGCUAAUCCUGCAGGCAGCCUUCCCAUUGCAGCAGCAGGGAACCUUCACCGCAGCACCCCAGCAACAACAACAGCAACAACAACAACAACUGGCUUCUCACAGGGCAGACAGCCUGUCUGAUCGCUCAACCACACAGCCACAUUAAACUGGCACAAGCCAAUCAGAAGCAGAGUGAACCAAACCUAGGUGUGGGUGUGUUGGUAAUGAGGGUCUGCCUAGGAGUUGUGAUGAAGUGUGGUGGUGAGACCAUGCCCCAGAGACUGAGGGGGGCUUAAAUGGGUGGCCUUUGUCUUCCUUCCAAAGGAUCUGUUGCUGCUUGCACUUUACUGCUGAGCAGCGUGUUACAUCGACCCGAGGGCCAGGCGCACAGUGAGAACACAGUGGCUCUGGCACGCAGCUUGGCCCAGAACUCGCUGGGUCGAGGUAUCCUCCCGAAGGUAAUGGA